AUGACAGCUCAUGUUCUCCGAAGUAUUCCUCAAACAAUAGGAUCAGUGAGAACAGUUCAUGAUAUACCUAAAAUAACUGAAUGGGCAUAUGAUCUAACCAAGCAAUUUUCCCCAACAAAUGUCGCUGGAUAUUGUCAAAUGAAUUUUACUCCUGUUCAAUAUGCAGCACUAGCAUUUACAGUCCCCACACACUAUGCCCCUGAACAGAUAUACAUAAUUUGUAAGAAAUCGUUCAAAAUUCUUAGCGAAUUAGAACCGAAGUAUCAGACUGGCCUGAUGAUGAUUUUUGCCAAAGCAGCCUUUUUAUGUAAUCAAGAAGAUGAAGCAUUAGAAAUACUUAAGACAUUUACCGAAGUUGAUCCUUUAAUUUUCACUUCUCCUUAUCUUUACUUGGCAGCAACGGCUAAAAAGCCUGUUGCUGUUAUGCCUCCCCCAAACAUGCAUCGUAGGUCGUUUGCAUUCUCACUUUACUACUCAGGAAUCAACCAUAUGAUGUUAUUCAAAUAUGAUGAUGCAUUUAAGCUUUUACUUCACUGCUUACACUUACCAUGUCAAUCUGAUAUGAUUCCGAAGGUUAUUAGUGCAUUUUCUCUUGUUUGUUUCUUAAAUCAUUAUACCAAAAAACAAUUUAUCGGAGUUCUACCUCCAAAGGCCGAAAUUGAUCCUGUUUCCAUGUGUUUAUGGGAUGGAAGGAAAAUUCCAGAAAAAAAUCAAAUGGAUUAUCCGAAAUUUUAUCUUUAUUUCUGGGAUGAAAUCGUAAAAGAGAAAAUCAUGCGCAAUAUUAUAUUCUGCUCAAGAACUAUAUCAAGAUUAUCCAUUUCAAAGCUCAAAGAUCUCUGCGGAUGCUUUGAUGAAAAUAAAUUGUUCGAAUAUAUGAACGAUUUAACGUCAAAGCAUCAAAUUCAAUACGUAUAUGGUGAUGACAAGAUUGUUGCCUUUACUCCAGCGCCAAAUGAUAUAGAUCUUCAGGAACAAUUGAAAAGCGUCGAAAAAUUGCUUGAUGAUGUUAAAUCAAUACAAGAAAUGAAUUAG